UGUUGUACCACGUCAUUAUUAUCUGUGAUAAAAAAUAUAACAUUAAUGAAGGUCUUAAUGUCCUCUAUUAGAUAAUUCAAUUAGUUUUUUAGUGCUUUCCCAGUGACAAGAGGUAUUAUUAAACAUGAACUCUUUAGUAGUUUUAAUCGUCUGUUUGACGAUUGGAUUUCUGUCAAAUAAUGUGCAAAGUGCUGCUGUUAUGUCUGUUGACUUGGGGAAUGAAUGGAUGAAGGUUGGAGUUGUUUCACCAGGUGUGCCCAUGGAAAUUGUUUUAAAUAAAGAAUCUAAGCGAAAGACACCAGCAGUUGUAGCUUUUAGGGACGGUAUUCGAUCGUUUGGAGAAGAUGCUCAAACAAUAGGUGUACGGUUUCCAGCCCAAAGUUAUGCUUACCUGUUAGAUUUACUUGGAAAGAGUAUAGAUCAUCCAGUUGUUAAGCUUUAUCAGAAAAGAUUUCCUUAUUAUAAAAUAGAAGCAGAUCCAGUGAGAAAUACAGUAGUGUUUAGACAUGAUGAUGACACAACAUAUAGUGUUGAAGAACUAGUUGCUCAAUUAUUGUCAAAGGCUCGUGAAAUGGCUCAAAUUUCUACUGGACAGAUCAUAACUGAAUGUGUCUUAACAGUUCCUGGUUAUUUUGGUCAGGCGGAAAGACUAGCAUUGUUACAAGCUACCAGCCUAGCAGAACUUAAACCAUUGCAGUUAAUAAACGAUUAUUCUGCAGUGGCUUUGAAUUAUGGAAUAUUCAGAAGUAAUGAUUUUAAGCAAUUAGCUGUUCAAGAAGAAAAUAAAAAUAUUAGUAGAAGUGAUUUAGAAGAAGAGCAAAAACAUCGACUUAAACCAAUAAAAAAUCAGAUUUCAGGGAAAUCUAAUCAUAUAAAUGGGAUAUUGCUUUCAACGCCUUUUAGUAAUGAUUUUAAGCAAUUAGCUAUUCAAGAAGAAAAUAAAAAUAUUAGUAGAAGUGAUUUAGAAGAAGAGCAAAAACAACGAUACAUUAAUAACCAAUAA